GACUUUUUUCCUUCUCACUUUUCCUUAUUACUCAAUCCCUCCACACCUAGGUCUCUACAUCGGCUGGCGCUGCCCCCAUUACCUAUGGGACUGUUUCCGGAUUGGGAAUGAGUCCAAGUGCUUUUGUGGUCACUUGCUGAGAGAGCACCAGGUCAUCUCAGACAUAUCCGUACCCUGCCAUGUGAGCCAGUGCCGCUGCCUCAUGUUCUGCUUUAUCCCAUCACGCCCAGAGGAGGUGGGUGAAUUCUGGCUCAAGAGACGGGCCACCUUCGACCCCAAGGCCUGGAGAGCCCAAUGUCGCUGCAAACACAGCCAUGAAGACCAUGCAGCCACUGGGUCCCAUCCCUGCAAGCAUCAUGGCUGUUGCUGCAACUGUUUUGAGUCUAAUUUCCUCUGUGCGGCCUGUGACCGGUGCUGGGAGGAACAUGAGACUUUCUUUGAGACCAGGGAGACCCGGCGACGAGGAGGAAGGCCUCAAGGGACAGACACUGUCAACAACUGGCGCAGGCCUUUGUGAGCCUGGCCCAGAUCAGCAGUAAAGCAGAAGUCACAGAAAUCUGACCUGGCUCUGUAUGGGGUUCGAGGAGUUGCAGGUGUGACUGAUGGGAAUGAAGUGGCCAAGGCCCAGCAGGCAGCUCCUGGUGGAGCA